AUGACAAAACUUGGUAAUUAUCACAUUGUGAACGUCUCAAAGCAUUUCAAGACAAUUGAAGACUUUAUCAAUGUGACUUUUGUAUGCAAAAAGUAUUACAUUAACAAAGGAAGAGAGAUUCUUUUGAAAAAAAAAGAUUUUGAUGGAAUUGUAGUGUGGUUUGAAGUCAUUUAUGCAACUUAUGAAAAGAACAAAAAUCCAAACAUCAAAUUCAAAAACGUCAUAUAUACCAAAAAUGAUAGAAUUAGGUUUGGCAAUGAAAUACCAAAGGGUGUUACAAAACUUGAUGAAGGGUGUUUCCGUGGUUGUAAAGAACUGCAUAACGUUGAAAUUCCAUUUGGUGUAAGUGCCAUUUAUCCUGGAUGUUUUUAUGAUUGCAAUUUUAUUAAUAAAGUAACAAUACCCCCAAGUGUUAGAUAUAUAAAUUCUUAUUCGUUUUUCGGAUGUCACAAUUUAGAAAGUGUUGUUAUACCAGAAAGAGUCUCGUAUCUUAGUGCAUAUUGUUUCGGUGGAUGCAACUGUUUAAGUAAUGUUGUUAUCUCAUCGAAUGUCACAUCAAUUGAUAGUUUCUGUUUUUUCAAAUGCGCGAAUUUAAGUUAUCUCACCACACCAUCAAAUGUCCGAGUUAUCAGUGAACAGUGUUUUGAUAAAUGUAUCAAUUUGAGAAGUGUUACUUUACCGUCUAAACUUGUAUCAAUUGAAAAGAAAGGGUUUUACAAGUGCAGCUCGAUAGAAUCUUUAAACAUCCCAUCAGGUGUUACUGAAUUGGGUCAAUAUUGUUUUUAUAAAUGUAAAGGUUUAAGAAGUGUGACAAUACCAUCGAGUCUUACAAUUAUUAAUAAUAAUUUUUUACAUAUUGUUUAA